AUGGAGACUCUCGACUUCGUCGUCAUCGGAGCCGGAUGGUUCGGCCUAGCGGCGGCCAAGACUCACCACCAGCUCCAUCCCCAAAACUCACUGGCACUCUUUGAGCAAGCCUCGAGCGCCGGCGGAGUAUGGGCCGAGCACCGCCUGUACCCGGGGCUGAAGAGCAACAACAUGCUCGGAACUUACGAGUACCCCGACUUCCCCAUGGACCCGGAGACUUUCGGCAUUUUGCCCGGAGAUCACAUUCCCGGCCAAGUCUUGCAUGACUACCUGACCAAGUACGCCAAGACCUUUGGCAUAUUGGACAAGAUUCGCUUCCAGCACAAGCUUCUCUCGGCAGAGCAUCAAGACGGCGGCGGCUGGAUUCUGACGGUAGUGGAUGGUACGGACGGCGGAGAGGUGCAGGUCCUCGCGGAGAAGUUGGUCGUUGCUACUGGCCUCACUUCAGAAGCUUUCCUGCCCGACUUCAAGGGUCAAGAGACCUUUGGAGCCCCCAUAUUCCACGGCAAGGACUUUCUUCAGCAUGCAGACACCCUGGACUCAGCCAAGUCUGUGACGGUCUUUGGCGGUACCAAAUCAGCGUGGGAUCUUGUCUAUGCCUACGCGAUCGAGGGCAUCAAGGUGAAUUGGGUGAUUAGAGAAUCCGGACAUGGUCCAGUAUGGAUGGCUCCCCCCUACGUCACGCCCUUGAAGAAGUGGCUCGAGAAGCUCGUCCACACCCGAGCCCUCACAUGGUUCAGUCCCUGUUCAUGGGGCGACGCCGACGGAUACGUCAAGACGAGGAACUUUUACCACGGCACGGCAAUCGGCCGCGGCAUCACCAAUAACUUCUGGAGCGUCCUCGGCAAUGACGUCAUCACCCUGAACAAGUUCGACUCAGACCCGGAGCUGAAGAAGCUGAAGCCGUGGAGCGAGGCCAUGUUCACAGCGUCCAGCUUCUCUAUUCUGAACUACGAGACGGACUUCUUCGAUCUCAUCCGCAACGGAACAGUAAAGGUGCACAUUGCUGACCUCGUAAAGCUGUCGCCAGGCACCGUGCACCUUUCCGAUGGAUCGUCCCUGGAUUCAGACGCUCUGUGUUGCGCGACCGGAUGGAAGCAGUUCCAGCCCAUCAAGUUCCUACCUGAGGGCAUCGACAAGGAGCUCGGUCUCCCACACAAGCCUUCUGCGGAGAGUUUCCCACCCGCCGAGAUGAUCGAGACUAUCGACAAGGAGAUUUUCGAAAAAUGGCCGCGUCUCAAGGACCAGCCUAUUCAGAACGAGAAGCUGAAGCCGCUGGUCGAGGACGAAGGUGUCUCGACGAAAGAGGCCGUCAACCCGUAUACGCCCCUCACGCCGUACGUGCUUCAUCGCUUCAUGGUACCACCGUCGGCCAAGCUGCUGGCGCACCGCGACAUUGCCUUCGCGGGCAUGUUGAUGAAUUUCACCGUGGCGAUGAUCUCCCACGUGCAAUCACUCUGGAUUGAUGCCUACUUCCAUGACAAAAUGCCCUCAGUGACCAUGGCCACGACAAGUGCUGGGACGGUGGACAAGCUGCGGUACGAGGCUGCACUUCACAGUAGAUUUUGCAAAUGGAGGUACCCCGCCGGGCACGGAGACAAGUUCCCGGACUUUGUCUUUGAUGCUGUGCCGUAUAUCGACCAGCUGGUGGGCGAUCUGGGGUUGAAGGUGUACAGGAAGAAUGGCAUGAUUGCCGAGGCAUCUGAGCCAUACGGCCCAGAGGAUUAUAAGAAUCUCGUACACGAAUGGACAGAGAAGCAGGUCAAUUAUCAAUGA